UGCCAAACCAUUUUAGACUUUCAGGACGUUCGCAUUGAUUGUUGGUUCUGUCCGCCUGCUUUCAGCCUCUCUGAUCCCGUUCGUCCGUUCUUCUCCCCAUCCUCCCCCCUUUACUCUUCUUUUGCUCUCUUUCUUGCUCGCUACUGCUGCUACUUCGCAACAACUUCCUCUCCCGCCCCCCCUCGGUCGUCGAUCCAACCAACACAUCUCGUCACCGAUCGCUCCGCCAGUCGCCGCCGGUCUCGUCAGACCUCGCCAAGACCAAAGCGAACCUCAUCCUACUUCUUCUACUACUACUACUACUACUCCUCCCCCGCCUCCGCCUCCCGCUGCGAGCAGCCCCAUCAGCACCCCGGUCAUGUGCGCCCGUCCGUCCUCGCCAUGUUGAACAACCAGCUACAGGGACGCCUCGGGCGCCGCUACAUUGCUCUCAUCGUCUUCGCCGUCCUCGCGCUCCUGCUGUGGCGGAGCUUCGGCGGCGGCGGCUUCGGUUCCCGGACGACGGGCUCCAGGACCGUGGGCAGCGUGCGCCUCGUGCCCAGCAGCUACGACUGGAGCAAGGCCCAACAGUUCCACCCCGCCGCCGACAUCAAGCCCCUGCCCGCCGGGUCGACCUCACGGCUACCCAAGGUGCAGGCCCGGCCUUCGGCGGAGCGCCAAAAUGACAUCGCCAAGUCUAGGAAGGACGCGGUCCGCAGGGCCUUCGUCAAGAGCUGGGAGGCGUACAAGACGCAUGCCUGGACAAAGGACGAGCUGAUGCCCCUGUCGGGCAAGGGCAAGCAGACCUUCUCCGGCUGGUCGGCCCAACUCGUCGACGCCCUCGACUCGCUCUGGAUCAUGGGCCUCAAGGACGACUUCGCCCUCGCCGUCAAGGAGGUCGCCGUUAUCGAUUGGGCAAAGGUCAAUGAUGGCAGGACGAUCAAUUUAUUCGAAGUCACCAUCCGCUACCUCGGCGGGCUGCUCGCCGCCUACGACCUCUCGCGCGAGCCCGUCCUGCUCGCCAAGGCCGUCGAGCUCGGCGACGCCCUGUACGCUGGCUUCGAUACCCCCAACCGGCUCCCCUCACACUGGCUCGACUACAACAAGGCAAAGGCAGGGGAGCAGACGGCCGACCUGAGCAUGUCGGGUGCCGCAGGCGGCUCCUUGUCCCUCGAAUUUACCCGCUUGAGCCAGAUCACGGGCGACGCCAAGUACUACGACGCCACGGAGCGCAUCAAGCAUUUCUUCUACCGCUUCCAGAACGCGACCAAGAUCCCGGGUCUGUGGCCCAUGAUGCUCAACUACCGCGACGAGACCAUGGACGGCGAGAUCUUCACCCUCGGUGCCGGCGCCGACUCGCUUUACGAGUACCUGCCAAAGAUGCACGCCCUGCUCGGCGGUCGCGAUCCCGAGUAUGAGCAGAUGACGGCCAAGGCCCUCGACGCCGCGCGGGACACGCUCCUCUUCAGGCCCAUGACGCCCAAGGACGACAACAUUCUCAUGGCGGGCAACGUGGACUGGGACGACGGCAACAAGACGCUCACGCCCGAGAUGCAGCACCUAACGUGCUUCGUCGGCGGCACCUACGGGCUGGCGGGCCAGCUCUUGGGCCGCAAGGAGUACGUGGACCUGGCGUCACGCCUCGCGGCCGGCUGCGUUUGGGCGUACGACUCGUUCGCGACCAACAUCAUGCCCGAGAUUAGCGAGCUCGUCGCGUGCCCGUCACUCGACGGGCCGUGCCCGUACUCGGAGGCGGCGUUCCCCACGACGAUGCGUGGGCGGCCCAGCGGCGUCGAUCUGCCGGCCGGGUUCACGCGCGUGCGCGACCCGCGCUACCUGCUACGGCCCGAGGCCAUCGAGAGCGUCUUCUACAUGUGGCGCAUCACGGGCGACCAGGUAUGGCGCGAUGCGGCGUGGAGGAUGUGGCAGGGCAUUGUACGGGAGACGGAGACGGAGCUGGCCUUUGCGUCGAUUGAGGACGUCAAGGUGCACUCGAGCGAGAAGUCUGAUUCCAUGGAGACGUUCUGGCUCUCCGAGACGACAAAGUAUUUCUACCUCAUCUUCGACGACGAGGCCACCAUCAACCUAGACGAAUGGGUUCUCAACACGGAGGCGCAUCCGUUGCGUAGACCAGCGCAGAAAUAGACUGCGUCAAUUGGCAUUAGGAAAAGGCUGGGGGGCAUAUAGGGGGUGAAAGCUUGUACAUGGAUGGCAGUGGGCUGCACAAUCCCACACAUGCGCACACAAAUCGCAUAUUUGACAAGUCAUCGUCGCGGUAGCCUGCAUGGCUGUAUAGAGGCGGGA